AUGCGCGGCAACGAACUUAAAAUAUUUUUAUCCAUAUUCGUUAUACUAAUAACACUAAGUGAACAUCAAGCGCAAAUCGUACAGCGCCCUAAUGUGCUGUUGAUAAUUUUGGAUGAUUUUCGACCGGCAAUCAGGAACGGCUACGGAGACGAUAAAGCUAUCACCCCCAACAUUGAUCAGCUGGUUCAAAAAGGUUAUCUUUUUGCAAAUGCUUUCGCACAACAAUCGCUAUGUGCUCCAAGUCGAAAUUCCAUGCUUACCGGAAGACGCCCGGACACGGUACGCUUAUACGACUUCUACAGCUACUGGCGGCAUACGUCGGGCAACUUUACUACACUUCCUCAAUAUUUCAAACAACACGGUUAUCACACGCACUCAGUGGGCAAGGUGUUUCACCCAGGCGCGUCCUCAAACUUCACAGAUGAUUAUCCCUUGAGCUGGUCUACUCCCACCUACCACCCAUCCACGGAUGAGUUCUCCAACUCAUCCGUUUGUAUCGACCCCAUAGACGGUGAGCUGAAGCGAAACCUGCUCUGUCCUGUGUUACCCAAAAUGCAACCGCUUCACACACUGCCCGAUAUCGAAAGCACCGCUGAAGCGAUACGAUUUCUUAAUGAAACACGGAAGGACCCAUACUUUCUAGCCGUAGGUUACAGGAAACCUCACAUUCCUUUUCGAUUUCCGCUGAAGUAUCUCAACCUUCACCCGGUAUCCAAAUUUACGUCGCUCGAUCUAGACUAUCCGCCGUACGGCUUGCCAAGCGUUGCCUGGAGCUCUUUCCUAGACGUUCGUAAUCGCGACGACUUUCAGCGGCUCAACGUUAGCUUUCCCUUCGGCCGUGUGCCGGAAGAUUUCAAGCUACGAAUACGACAGCAUUAUUACGCCGCUGUGACAUACGUAGAUGAGCUGAUAGGUCAGCUACUAAAAGCAAUUGACGAGAGUAACACAAUCAUUGCACUAAUCUCCGAUCACGGAUGGUCACUGGGAGAGCACGGAGAAUGGGCAAAGUACAGCAACUACGAUGUCGCCGUCCGGGUGCCUUUAAUCAUCAACUUACCGACAUUGUCGUCAUAUCGCAGUCACGAAUUUCGUGACUUUUCGCACUCAAGCAUCGAAAAUGUUGUCGAGCUUUUGGACCUUUUUCCAACACUGGUAGAUCUCGCAGGACUUCCACCGGUGAGAUCAUGCUCAACAGAACGGCCCUACAAAGCGACCACAUGUACGGAAGGAAAGUCGUUGCUUCCACUGUUACUAUCAAAUGCUUCAGCUUCAGAAGAGAACCAAGAUUGGAUUGCCUACAGUCAGUAUCCACGGCCAGGCACCUACCCCACAACCUAUCCCAAUAGCGAUGAACCCAAACUCAAACACAUUAAGAUCAUGGGCUACAGCAUGCGCACCGAACGGUUCCGCUACACGGCUUGGAUUAAAUUUGAUCCGGCCAACUUUAAGAGAGAUUGGGGCUCCGUUUACGGCGAAGAGCUUUAUGACCAUUCGAUUGAUCCGAAGGAAAACUUAAAUCUCAUCGACAGGAUGCCGUUAGCGGUCGUCAAAGACUCCCUGCGAGCGAAGCUGAAGGAAAAAUUUCCGUAG